AUGCAUAAGAACAAGCCUUUUAAAUAUGAACAUGUGUGGAGAAUUUUGAAAGAGCAAGUGAAAUGGGCUCCACAAUCAGAGGGUCAUCAUGUUAGAAAAAAAGCAAGGACAUCUGAAUCAAGGACACACACAUCCUCGUCCAACCCGGAUGCUAGUGCUGAUGCGGACGACUGUGAAGCACACAAGCAUCCAAUUGGGCAAAAGGCGGCAAAGAAGAAGGGUAAAAUCAAUCAUGCAGUGGUAGAAAUAAUGGAACAAAGCAUUGGCAACAUGAGCAAUAUGUGGAAGGAAUUCAAAGGUAUUCAACAAGACAAAGUUAGGAAGAUAGAUGAAUUCCAUUACAACAAGAAAGUUGCAGAAUCUAAAGCAUUUCGACGUGAUUAUGAAAUUCUGAUGAGGGAUACUUCAAGAAUGACAAAGCAACAAGAGAAUAUACAUAAAAAGAUUCAUGCUAAUGCUUAUGCAACAACACCAAAUGUUGAUGGAAGUAGGUAUGAGUUAUUUAGCGGGAAGAACACAUACGAGAACAUAUUUGGAUCAGGAGCGUGA